AUCGGACCAAGUCUGAAAAAGAUUGCGACUAGCUGGCGAAAGAUGUAUUCUCUCGAGAAGCAAGAAGAUCGUACACCCUCAUAUCCUGUCGUUGCCUCGACUUUUUUUCACGGAAAUUCGCAAUAAAAUGUCGCAUGCGGAAUGUAAGAAGUACGUCACGUGUCCCAUGUGUAAAGGCGCAGGCAAGUCUACCACACGUGUGGCAGAAGGAACGACCUUGUCCAUUCAACAUGAGACUGCAAAUUUAGCGCAAGUUGCGAAAACACCGAUUACCGAAACAGCACAUUCCGCUGCCUCGGGAGACUUGCGUUCCUCCGCGUUAUCCGAUAACAAGUAUCCGAAAGGCAUUAAUCCCGCGACCAGUCAUGGAGAUUACACGGCCGUACUGGAGGACGAUUACACGGCGGCGCCCGAGGAACUCGCGAACCCGCAUGAGACGCUGAAAUUCGCUCUGCAGGAUUUGAAGCAGGACCGAUGGCAGAGCAACGUGCCGGCUUUGAUCAAGCUGAUGCACAUCUCGAGGAUCCACCCGGAAUUGCUGGACUCCAACAUGCCUCGUAUAUACAGAACUUUGUGCAGUUUACUGAAGAACACAAGGCCGCACGUCGUCAAAACUGUCUGUCAAGUGGCGAUGGAGCUGUAUAAAACGGUCCAGUGCACGCAGAGGCCCGAAUUCGACGAACUCGCAUCCGCAUUAUUCUUGAAGAGCACCCACACGAACAAGGGAAUUCGAAACGACGCCCAACGCGCCUUAGAUUCCAUGAUAACUCACUUGUCCCCUGCGACUUGCAUUCGGAUAUUGGCUAGUGAACACGGCGCUGGCCACAAAAAUCCAUUGAUCAGAGCGACCGUAAGUCGACUGCUCUAUAAUAUCAUAAAUAUCAUUGGAGUGGAGUGCUUGUUGUCAAGCGCAAGUAUGAAGGAUACCCGCCGAAAGAUCUUCACCAUGACUUCUAAAUUCCUUCUUGACGGCAACAAUGAAACGAGGAACGACGCGAAAAAGACGCUGAAAGCGAUGAUGGGUCAUCAGGACUUUGACGCAUUAUUCUACCAAGACGUGGAUUGGAAGAUCAUCAGCGGCAUAGAGAAGCAAUUAGUAUUCUUAAAAUACAGCCAAACUCACAGCAUGUAACGUUACUCGCUGCUGUCCCAGCUGUCGUUUCAGCCAGUCGUUC